UGUUUUCGAUAGUUGCUCUUGGUGACGUAUAAAACUGCCAUAGCCGCUGCAAUUCAAGUUAGCUUUGCACUUCAUCUUUUUCUCUGAAACCUUAUUUGUUCGUAUUUAUCCGAUUCUUGCAAUUCCAUCCCUGGCUUCUGUUCAAAUGGAUCCUCCAUCAUCGAAUCAGAAAUCACAAGCCCAGAACUGUACAGGUUUGCGGGAAUUAGUGACGGAAUUUAUGGUAGACAUGAAGGGUGAGGGCUGUGUUAGUUCAGUCAAAAAUAAAUUACAGACACUUGAUGGUGUUAAAAAAGUGGAUGUGGACUUGAGCAAUCAAGUUGUGAGGGUUCUUGGAACUUCACCGGUGAAGAUUUUGGCCGAAGCAUUGGAGCAGACAGGUCGAAAAGCUCGGUUAAUCGGACAAGGGGUGCCUGAAGAUUUUCUUACUUCAGCUGCUGUUGCUGAAUUCAAAGGUCCUUCUAUCUUCGGAAUAGUUCGGUUAGCUCUAGUGAAUAUGGAAUUGGCUAGAAUUGAAGCGGAUUUCAGUGGUUUGCCAUCUGGAAAACAUGGCUGGUCCAUCAAUGAGUUCGGGGAUUUGACGCGGGGUGCAGCAAGUACUGGGAAAGUGUUCAACCCGAUAAAUGAUGCAAAAGAGCCGGUUGGUGACUUGGGGACACUGGACGUUGAUGAGAAAGGUGAGGCUUUCUUUUCCGGCGUGAAAGAAAAACUGAGAGUUACUGAUCUCAUCGGACGAUCCAUAACAGUGUAUGGCACCGAGGAUAAAUCAGAUGAAGGUCUUGCUGCUGCAGUGAUAGCUAGAAGUGUUGGAGUUGGUAAUAACUGCAGAAAGCUUUGCUCAUGUGAUGGUACCACCAUUUGGGAAGCAACCAAUGCAGAUUCUGUGUGCAGCAAAGUUUAAUCCCAUCGUGUAGAUUUAUGAUGUGCUCAUUCAAAUAUUUACAUAAUCUUUACACAUUGUUUCUUGAUAAACAUUACAGUGGAGUGUGUAUUUAUGAUGUCUAUUGUUCCAUUUGAAUCAUUCUUCUUGGAAAUUCAAUGUCUAAUCCUCUCAUUCUAUGCCGUUGUAUAGAAUGUGUUUAGAAUGCAGUAUUACAUAAAAUUCAA